CUGAUCCGCUCAUCACCGAAUGUGGGGUUGCGCUUUGAAUUUGUGCCCCAGAGACCUGAAUACGGCUUUGUACAAGUUCUUCAGGACAACCUCAGCAAUAUACAUGAAGACGAUAGUGAUGAUGAUAACUCUGAUGUGGAGGAAGAAGUUUCGAGUGAUGAGCAUUCUGUGGAGGAGAAAGAAAAUCAGCAGGCGCAGACGAGAAUGAAAAAUACGGGACAAGGCGAAAACUGUCUUAGCAGCUCCGUCUUUGUGAGGAAUGUACAAUUUUCCAUCAACUUCUUGAAGUCCAUAGGACUUAGUGACGAUGAAAGGAUGAGAACAGAAGAGUUGAGCUCAAUGAUCAAGUUGGCGCAGUUCGUUUUGUUUUUUUCUGAUGAAAUGGUUAAGGUAUGUUGUUCUUUUUUCUCCUCUUUUUUGUUUGAGUUUAUGAAAUAAGUACGCAAUUUGAACCGAACUGCAUAUGUCUAACUCUACAUCUUAUAUAAGUUCUGAUAUAUUUUAACAUAUGACAACUGUUCUUUAAUAUGUUUCAUUUGAAGCAAAUUAAAUGGGAGUCGAAGAAUGGACCAAAUCUUUUUUUUGGAUCAGUUUUUCCAGUGAAGUUGGUUUCAAUUUGGUUACAAGAAAUGAAUAAUAAAUUUGCUCACCACUAUCCAUAUGUCCUGGUUUUUGUCACUACUGUAGUUAAAAAUUGUUAAAAAUUUGAAGUGCAUCAAUGUUAUCUGGCAGUGGCUUGUCAAAUGCUUGUGAUAUUAUCUUGGAUUUGAAUUGAGAUAAAUGUCAAUGCCAUAUCCAAUUGCAAUUGGUAUUUAUUUUAUCUUGUUCAGUGGAUCUUUGACUGGAGUUGCUAAUAGCUUCUUCUCUUUUAUCAUAUUUUUAUGUUUGAUUUACUCCCUUGAAUUUUUUCAUUAU